AUGCCCAAAUGGGAAAAUACUCUGCUUUUAUGUGCUCUAUCCUAUAAAAAUCAUUUCAUUCACUUAUCUCUCUUAUUCCAGGAAUGGAAUGAUGAAAGACUUCGCUGGGACCCGGCAGAAUACAAUAAUUUACGUAUAGUUCGAAUUCCUUGUGAAAAGCUCUGGCUACCUGAUAUAGUACUAUACAACAGCGCUGAUGAUUAUACAAGUGGAUACAUGCAAAUUAAAGCUAUGGUUCAUAGUACGGGCAAUGUGUUCUGGUCUCCACCAGCCAAGCUUCGUUCUGCAUGUAAAAUUGACAUCACUUAUUUUCCGUUUGAUGACCAAUCGUGUAUGAUGAAAUUUGGCUCCUGGGCUUAUGAUGGUUGGCAGCUAAAUAUUACAAAACGGUAA